AGGGAGAACUUUUGGGUUUGGGUUGGUGUUUGUUUUUGUAGACUGCAUUCUGAACUCGGGAGGAAGGAUUCUUCGUGUGUAUUCAACAAAAUAACUGCAAGCUAGCUCGAAAAACGACUGCGUAAAUUCACAUUUAGCCAAGAUUUGAAAGUAGUUACACGCAUUUGGCUCCUUUUCAAAUUGGUAAAAAAUAAUAUCAGGGUACAUAGCUAAUCAGUCGUCGUCUGGCUGGACCUUUGUGGAGCAAGGUGCUUCUGAAUAGCUAGCUAGCUAACAGGAUUCAAAAGAACAACUGGAAGCUAGCUUGCUGGCUAGCCAGAAAGCCGGGGGAAUCAGCACCACGGGGAGCCGGGGCCCGAGAGGGAGCCAUCCAGGCCCGCGGCUUGAUGUACCCUGCCUGCCUCGCCCCAGCAGCCCACAAUGGGGGAGACCAAAGUAAUAUAUCACCUCGACGACCAGGAAACACCCUACCUGGUCAAAUUGGCAGUGCCCGCGGACAGGGUCACACUUGCGGACUUCAAAAAUGUUCUGAAGAAACCCAACUACAAGUUCUUCUUCAAAUCUAUGGAUGACGAUUUUGGGGUAGUGAAAGAAGAGAUAUCUGAUGACAAUGCCAAACUACCUUGUUUUAAUGGCCGUGUGGUAUCUUGGCUGGUGUCGGGGGACGGUGCUCACUCAGAUGGUGGCUCUGUGGUCGAGAGUUUGUCCGAGUUGCCGCCACCCCCCCUGGAGAGGACUGGGGGCAUCGGGGAGUCCAGACCCCCCUCUUAUCAGUCAGUUCUCUCUAGCGGGAAGGCCACAGGUGGACGAGACUCGUUGGACAACGAGACGGAGACGGGCUCGAUGGUGUCCCAGAGAAGAGCGAGGGAGCGCCCGCGCCGGAAACACACUCGCGAGCAUGGUGGAAGGAAUGGCUACUCGCGGGUGGGCCGAGGGGCGGAGCUGGGCCAAUACGACAGCUGCUCGUCCUUCAUGAGCAGCGAGCUGGAGUCCACCAGCUGCUUCGACUCUGAGGAUGACGACGCCACCAGCCGGUUCAGCAGUUCCACGGAACAGAGCUCCUCUCGUCUGAUGAGGAGACACCGCCGGCGCCGCCGGAAACCCAAGACAUCCAACAUGGAAAGGUCGUCAUCAUUCAGCAGCGUCACAGACUCCACCAUGUCACUAAACAUCAUCACUGUCACUCUGAACAUGGAGAAGUAUAACUUCCUGGGCAUCAGCAUCGUGGGGCAGAGCAACGAGAGGGGCGACGGGGGCAUCUACAUCGGCUCCAUCAUGAAGGGAGGGGCGGUGGCCGCAGACGGCCGCAUUGAGCCUGGAGACAUGCUACUGCAGGUGAACGACAUCAACUUUGAGAACAUGAACAACGACGACGCGGUUCGAGUGCUGAGAGACAUCGUACACAAGCCAGGCCCCAUCACUCUGACUGUGGCUAAGUGCUGGGACCCUAACCCUCGGAGCUGCUUUGCUCUGCCAAGAAGUGAGCCGAUCCGGCCCAUUGACCCUGCUGCCUGGGUGUCCCACACUGCGGCGAUGACGGGGGUGUACCCUGCUUAUGGCAUGAGCCCAUCGAUGAGCACGGUCACCUCCACCAGCUCCUCCAUCGGCAGCUCCGUCCCCGAGACCGAACGCUUCGACGAUUUCCACCUGUCCAUCCACAGUGACAUGUCAACUGUCGCCAAGGCCAUGGCUUCCCCGGAGUCGGGCCUGGAGGUGCGAGACAGGAUGUGGCUGAAGAUCACCAUCGCCAACGCCUUCAUAGGCUCCGAUGUGGUGGACUGGCUCUUUCAUCACAUGGAGGGAUUCUCGGACCGACGGGAGGCAAGGAAGUACGCCAGUAACCUGCUCAAGGCCGGCUACAUCCGCCACACUGUCAACAAGAUCACCUUCUCUGAGCAAUGCUACUACACCUUCGGAGACCUCUGUGGCAACAUGACCCACCUCUCUCUGCACGACCAUGAUGGCUCCAGCGGCGGGGCGUCGGACCAGGACACCCUGCCCCCUCUGCCCCACCCUGGGGCUGCCCCCUGGCCCAUGUCCCUGCCCUACCAGUUUUCCAUCGCCCAGCCCUACAACCCCCAGCCCCAACACGACCUGCCCCAGGGCUUCCCAGGAGUAGGGGCGGGCAGUGCUGGCAGCCAACACAGCGAAGGGAGCAGCGGCUCCAACUGCAGUAAGACCGAGGGCCGAGGCGGUGCCGGGGGCUCCAACAAGUCGGGUGGGAGUGGCAGCGAAUCAGAGAUCAGGAGCCAUCGGGUCCCCAGCGAGCGCUCUGUGGCUCCUAGCGAGCGCAGCAUCCGCAGUUCCUACAGCCAUCGAAGCGCACACUCGUCCCACUCACUGGCCUACAGCCCUGGCUUAGUCUACGGCCCCCCAGGCCUGCCUCCUAACCCCCCCCACCUGGCCACAGCUGCUCCAGGAGCCCCACCAGGCCGACAGCUGGCCAACGCUCCCCCAGAGCUCACCGGCUCCCGCCAGUCCCUGCGCAUGGCCGUAGGCAACCGCGGCGAGUUCUUUGUCGACGUCAUGUGACGCAGGUUAUGUCAUAGGCGCACCACAUUAUGGUGGUUAGGGAUUUUUUUGUUUAGUGCUGAGGGGGACAGACAGGAGGAGGAAGUCUCUAGAAAAUCACAGUUGGGGGUCAAUGUCAUUUCCUUUUGAAUUGCCAGAAUUGAAAUGGAAUUGAGCCCAACCCUGCUGGAAAUGUCCUCUUGCUCUUGUGCUCCUGAGGGUGUAUCUGAUUCGCUAUACUUUCUUCAGUGAAGAACCCCCACCCUCGCAGAUGGAAUCAAAGCGCCUUUUCUCAGUUUCCUCCCUGUGAGACGAGUUGUGCUUGGGUCGUGACAGGGAGGGAGGCCUGGGGAACAGCUGGGGAUGACUUGGCGCUUUUCUACGUGGAUGUUUUUCAUUUGUUCUUUUCUCUAGCUCCACGUCCUGUCCUCCCCAACCUUAGUCCGCCAGAGACAAAGUAAAAAAUAAAAAAACAGCUCCUCUCUCCAUACAUCCUUUCACCUAAAAUUUGAAAAUGAACACUAACCUUUUGAACCAUACGUGUACUUUUGUUUGUUUGUAUGACUAUGAAAAAUAAUGAAAAGUUAAAUAAUGUAGUGCAAAAGAAUUGAGGCCCUUUCUGUUCUUCUGUUUUUAUCAUAGCUGGUCGCCGAUACAUGUAGUUUCUUUUUCAACACUUAACAUGAGCUUCCAGCUUAGACUGAUUUUAAAAGUACAUUUUCGUCUUAAGUUUUCUUACCAACUCUUUCACACUACUCCAGUGUUUCCCAAACUCGGUCCUGGGGACCCCAAAGGGUGCACAAUUAGCUUUUUUGCCCUAGCAGUACACAGCUGAUUCAAAUAAUCAAUGUAUCAUCGAGCUUUGAUCAUUUGAAUCAGCAGUGUAGUGCUACGGCAACAAAAAAAACACUGCACCACUUGGGGGUCCCCAGGGUGGAGUUUGGGAAACACUGCACCACUUGGGGGUCCCCAGGGUGGAGUUUGGGAAACACUGCACCACUUGGGGGUCCCCAGGGUGGAGUUUGGGAAACACUGCACCACUUGGGGGUCCCCAGGGUGGAGUUUGGGAAACACUGCACUACUCUUGAGAAAAUGUAUUUUUAUUUAUAAAUCUAGUUUUAUGACUUUAAGUUGGUUGUUGUGUUUUUGUGUUUUUGUGUGUGUGUGUGUGUGUGUGUGUGUGUGUGCGUGCAAGAAACCUGGAGUUUUCCAGGUGGGCGUAGGGACAUUAUUUGCACAAGCAAGGAAUUUCAGUCUGAGAAGGAAUGUGAAGGCAAUAUAGCUUGCAGAUGUGUGCGUAGGCUUGACCUGACCAUGUCUAUUAUUUUUUGUAUGUUCAAGCUUCCUUUGAACUGGGUGACCUGCUGCAUCAUCAAAAAGUUUCCAAAUGUAGAGCUCUAAAUUUGAGGACACUUUUUUUUAAUGAGGGGAAUAUGAUAUGGGAGCAUAACUUGAAGUAUUUAGAGAUGAAUUUGGUAGGUGUGCAUCAUACAUGAAUCUGAUGUGGAAUUCCUACAUUAUGUAGGGAUACAAUUGAAUGUGCAGAAAAUGAAAUAUUUGUUGAUAUCCUGCUGCAGUAGGCAAAAAUAAAUGACCAAUGUGCUUAUCUUCAGGGUGCGGUUUGCCCAUUCCCAGUUCAGUUUAAACCCACCCACCAUAUCUUUAUUUUAUUAACAAACAGAGGAAUGCGUACAUACAAACUUUUUACAGUGCCAGGAAUCCUACCUAAACUAGCCUUUUUCCUUGUUUCGACCAUGACUUUUGUCAGUCGUGACAGUGGGCUAGGAACAUAUAGAGAAGGAGUUGUCCAUAAUAAUAAAUAAACUCCUCCCGAA